AUGCAUCUCCCUAACUCGAUGUUCUUGGUGACGGCCUUGACCGCUGGGUCGGCCGUCGCCCGUAUGCACGGCCACGAGCGCCGUCAUGCUCACCCCAAUGCCCCCGAGGUCGAAGUCGAGGGUCCCUCCACUACCCAGGCUCCUGAAGUGGAUCUCGAAAUGGCCAAGCGUGAUGUUGGUGACAUGGUGACCGUUAACAUGGGCGGCAAGCUGGUUUCCUGGAUCAACAAGUGGGCUGGUGGUGUGAACCAGCCGGAAACCGCCAACGCGGCCCAGACUCAGACUCAGCAACCUGCUCCUCAGCCUACCUCCAGCGAUGUCUUGUCCAGUGUCAUCCCGACUCCCGCCAGCGACAACUCGGGCAGCGACUCGGACGACUCGGGUGAUGGCACCUCCUGGACUGUCAUCCCCAAGGACGGCCAGUACUCCCGUUUGGGCUUCGGCGGCACCAGCAAGAAGCUCAAAAAGGGCGACAAUCCGUGGGACUGGGUCGGUAACCUUGGCAUCCCCUGGGGCAGCAACAUCAUCCAGGUGUCCAAGUCCAAGGCCCACCAGUACAAGCAUGUCGUCAAAUUCGUCGGCAGCGAUUCCGAGCCCUGGAUUGUCAACUUCUGGAAUUCGUUCACCGAGGACUAUCAGACCGCGUCGUUCACCCCGCACUCUGCCUUGAAGUUCACGCUGGGCAAGGGCGAGGAGAAGUUUGUGGCUUUUGACGACAACACCCAAGGUGGCUGGGGUGCUGCCCCGCUUAAGAACCAGGCCCGGGAUGCUUCCUCGUCUGCGACCCUGCCCACCAACCAAUUUGGCCAGUACGCCGUCACCUGGGGUGAGGUCGACAUGAGCAGUGAGAAUAACGGUUACUCCGGCUGGGAUGUUUCCUGCAUCACUGCCCAGAACGCCAGCAUGCCCAUUUCUGGCAUGAAGAUCUGUGAAACCUCGGGAGACAACUGCUCCAUCAUCGGCAAAGAUAUGUCGAAGAUGGUCAAGGCCUACAACGAGGCAAACAAGCAUUCCGACCACGACGCUGUCUCUGUCCCGGCCGGCCCGCUCCGUCUGAUUGUUAACCUCGACUACAUGGAGUAA